UGUUUACCAAAUUUUAUUUCCGGUGUAAAGGUCACCAAAAACCAAGCGUUGACAAAAGCGGCGUCAAGCCGGCUUGGUUCUUCUGGGCUUCCGUAGAAAAAAGAGAGUCACGUGCUGCAGCAUAACAAUAAUAAGGAAGUCUGGGUGAAGAUUUGAGACUUGGGGUUUUUUCUCUCUACAUCCACGGGCUAAAAAGAUGGGAAAUGUAGCCGUUGUUGUGUUUUUUCUUUGUUGCUGUUACACAGCAGGAGAAAACGAGCCAAUUCAAACAUUUGUAAUUCCUCACAGCCACAUGGAUGUUGGCUGGGUGUACACUAUACAGGAGAGUAUGCACGCCUACGCAGCAAAUGUGUACACCAGUGUGACUGAGGAGCUGUCGAAGGAUGCAGACCGCAGGUUCAUCGCUGUGGAGCAGGAGUUCUUUCGACUGUGGUGGGAUACUGUGGCCACAGACUUGCAUAAGAAACAAGUACGACAGCUUGUUAAAGAGGGUCGACUUGAGUUCAUCAUCGGGGGCCAAGUGAUGCACGACGAGGCUGUAACGGAUCUAGACGACGAGAUACUACAAAUGACCGAGGGACACGGUUUCCUCUACGAGACGUUUGGGGUGCGUCCUCAGUUUUCCUGGCACGUGGAUCCAUUUGGAGCCUCCGCGACCACGCCGGUCCUCUUUGCCCUGGCUGGGUUCAACGCCCACCUCAUCUCCCGCAUUGACUAUGACCUGAAAGACACCAUGCAGAAAAACAAGAAACUUCAGUUCGUUUGGAGAGGUUCUCCCUCUUUAAAAGAGAAGCAGCAGAUCUUCACUCACACUAUGGACCAGUUUAGCUAUUGCACCCCAUCUCACCUGCCAUUCUCCAACAGCUCUGGAUUCUAUUGGAAUGGAGUUGCCUUGUUCCCCGAUCCCCCUAAAAACGGAGUUUACCCCAACAUGAGCCUGCCUGUCACCAAGGAGACGGUACAGGCCUAUGCCAAGACUAUGGUGGAGAACAUCAAGCAGAGGGCUGCUUGGUUCAGGACGAACCAUGUGCUCUGGCCAUGGGGCUGUGACAAACAGUUCUACAACUCAUCUGUCCAGUUCAACAAUAUGGAUCCUCUGAUGAAGUACAUCAACCAGAACAGCAAAGAGUUUGGGGUGACAGUCCAGUAUGCCACUCUUAGUGAAUACUUCCAAGCCAUCCACCAAUCAAAUCUUGUCUGGGAGCCUCGCGGGAGUGAAGAUUUUCUACCAUAUUCCACUGAACCGCACCAGGCGUGGACGGGCUUUUACGCAUCCAGAAAUGUUCUGAAAGGAGUGGCACGCCAAGCCAGCUCCCAGCUGCACGCAGCCGAGACUCUUUUCACCCGGUACCGAGUCCGCUUCCCUGACGGGCCUGUUACUAAAGACUGGGCCCUGGAUAAACUGAGGGCGCUUCGCUGGGCUGUCUCAGAGGUCCAGCAUCAUGAUGGCAUCACUGGCACUGAGUCUCCCAAGGUGGCCGACAUGUACCUGCAGCAUCUCGUGCAGGCCACGAUGGGAGUGGAGGAGCUUCUGGCCGCACUCAUCCUGCUGCCCCACAACCUCGGAUUACCCAGCAUCCUCGGCAGCCGCUACCAGAGAAAAGGUGUUCAUCAGCCUUUGGAGCAACACGUCAUCAUUUACAAUCCAUUGGCAUGGAACACCACCACCAUCGUCAACGUCACGGUAUCCUUCCCCAUUGCAGCCGUCUUUGAUGAUGACGGACAACCAGUGCCGGCACAGAUCCAGAUGGCGGCACAGUCCAAUGUGUCCUACGAUCUUUUCAUCGUGGUGGAACUUGGAGGCCUUCAGCACAGGAAAUACCUGAUUAAGUCCUCUGAGAAGAAAUGCUCUGGGAGGAAGUGUGGCUGGAUUUAUGAAGCCAAAGGGGUUUUGUUCGAAAGACGCAACAUCUGGGACUCGAUGAAAACGGGGAGGAGACUCCUGCCGGUUAUAAAUGAGUGUUACAAGCUGAUGUUUGACCAGGAUACAAAUCUACUGCACAGCAUCACUUACCUUCAAGAACAAAGGAGAGUAUUGGUGACGCAGGAUUUCUGGGAAUACCACGCAAAUGGAGACACGAAAGCAGGGCCCAUCUCCGAUAACUACAUCUUCAGUGCUAACGGGUCGGCUGUGCGGGCGUACGAGGCUGUGGAGAUGGAGAUCAUCCCCGGGAAGAUUAUGACUGAGAUCAGGCAGCACUUCUAUAGAGGGGAAAGUGAUAAAGACUACACCUACUCCAUCACCACCCGAGUCCCAGAAUGCUUUGGGAGCAGGCUGCGGUGUCAUAGGCUGGAGCAGACCUAUUCGCUGGGCCCCCUUCGUCUCAACACGGAGGUCGUCCUCAGAACCAGCUCCUCCUUGAGGAACAACAGGACCCUGUACACAGAUGACAAUGGCUAUCAGAUGAUGGAGAGGAGAUACAGGAAGUUUAACAAUAACACUUUAGCAAGAAACUACUUCCCCAUGGUUCGGGCUGCCUAUAUUGAGGAUGAGCUCAGCAGACUGGUGCUCGUCAGCGACAGAGCUCACGGUGUUUCCAGCCAAGCCAACGGACAACUAGAGGUCAUGCUCCAUCGCCGUCUUUGGAACAACUUACCCUGGAGCCUCGGCUACAACCUGACCCUCAACGACAGCUCGGUCGUGAGGCCCACCCUGUGGAUGAUGCUGGGCUCCAUCAGUGUCACCUCCAAGCUCUACCAGAGGGAGGCAAUAGAGCUGCAGCACAGACCUGUCAUCAUGCCCAUCGACCAGCCUCAGAGAUCCUGGCGGGAGAAGGAACCCAGAGGAAGUUCUCCUGUGCGUUCGGUGGUGCUGCCGCCCAACCUCCACCUGCUCAGCCUCAGCAUCCCUGGAUGGAACUACAGCUCUGAUCAUGAUGUUCACCUCAGCCACAUAAACUCAGGUCAGGACCUGCACUCGGAGCCAGACUUCGAUCGGGUCCUGUUGAGAAUCAUGCAUCUCUUUGAGGAGGGAGAAGACCCUGAGCUUUCAAAGCCAGUCACCAUAAACUUGAAGGAUGCUCUGCAGGGCAUAGGGGAAGUAAAAGAGCUGGAGGAGCGUUCUCUUACAGGAACCUGGGAUAUCACCCGUCUGCAGAGGUGGAACUGGAAGACUGCAGAGAACUUAAAAACAAACCACAAAAGCUGCUCCGGUGGCGGAGAUGAGGCUUUCACUGUGACCAUCUCACCCAAAGAGAUCAGGACCUUCUUCGUUCACUUUGCCUCCAGGAACUUUUGGGCUUAUCCGUCUUCUGUGAAGACGGACAAUCAUUAAACAGAAUAUGACGAUGUUUUUAAAGAUUUGAUCUUUUGCUACACUGUUAAUUAAUACUUAUUUUUGCACAUUUUGUUGGACAGCACUGAUGCGUUGAUUAGGUGUGCUCAUUGUCAC